UGUAUCUCUUGGCGAGCAUUGAUCUAAUUGAUAACAAAUUACGAAACUUCCAGGGAGACGGCAAUUUAAACAGAUGCCAAAGAAGAGGCUUCUUUCUAAUCAGCCAAGAGUUGCUUCAGUACAACGACAACGUCAAUUUCAUAGUGUAGCAAAAUAUUGAUAUGAAAAACCACAAGGUGAAACUAUUGGAUGAAAGAGGUGAUAACGAACUGACAGCAAAUCACCAGCCUGAACGCGCGGGACUAGGCAAAGUGGCAGCGUUUUUCGGACUGGGAAGUUUAAUCAACAUUACGUUCUCCUUGGUUACAGCUGCUACUCAAGAUAUUUUGGCGGAAACGUACUUUCCAACUUCUACGGUUCUUAUUGCAGACACUCUACCGGCCUUCCUUGUCUCUCUGAUUGUGCCAUACUUUAUGCAGCGCAUCCCAUAUGUUGGCCGCAUUGCUCUUGUCUAUCUGCUAAAUGUCAGCGCACUCAUCAUGCUUGCACUCGUAAAACAACUUUAUUGGAAACUCAUUGGAGUAGUGAUGAUUUCAUUUGCAGCUAGCGCUUGCGAAGUGACGGUACUGUCUUUGACUUCGUUUCAUGGCGAGUUAACACUGACCGCGUUUUCAGCAGGAACAGGAGUAGGAUUUGCAGUAGGACCCCUAUAUUAUACAGCGAUGACUACGUGGGCCUGCAUUUCACCAAAAGCCACCCAUUGUAUUAUGGCAGCCAUGAUGGUUCUGAUCUUCGUUUGUUAUUACGCCACUGGAAAUUCAGUGUCAAAGCCACCCACUUAUUUAACUGCUGAGCAUGUUGGAGUGCGCUUAUUAGCUUUAAAUACUGAUGCACACAAUGUAUACGACACUUCAAACGAAGAUUAUGACGAAAUAGGCGAAGAUACCUCUCUUUCUAGGCGCCAAAAGUUCACGGUCAUUCGUCAGAUGCUACCUCAAAUGAUACCAAUUUUUUUUACAUUUUUCGCACAAUAUUUCAUCAUUCAAGCCGUCGUCACAACCCUGGCAUUUCCCAGCUGCUCUUUCAGCCCAAGUGACCAUUAUGAGUAUUACAUCCUUGUAUUCAUGGUAGGGGAGGUGGUGGGGAGGUCGUAUCUUGGAGUGCUGUCCUGCAUAAAAGAAGACUGGGGAGACAAGGCUAAAUUUCCUUACCCUUGGAUUAUGUGUCUGGUUCAAAUCAUGGAUCUUCUGUUUUUGGUGCUAGCAGCCUGGUACCGUUUUCUAUCGAGUGUCUGGAUUGUUUUGCUCCUUGUGUUUAUCUCAGGAGUGGUUGUUGGUGCCUUUUAUGUCAACACCGUAAUAUUUUUCAGAAAUUGUUUCCAGGAAAGGUACAGAGAGUUUGCCAUGGGAUAUAUCAUUGUAGGCUUGCAUGCAGGGGUACUGACAGCCGCCAUGUUGGGCCUGUACAUCGAGCCCUUGUUACGUGAACACUGCAUGACCCACGUGGAUAACACAGACUUUUGUUUUACGAGAUCGCAGUCUUCAAAUGGUUUUACUUCAUCUUGUUUAGUAAAAUGAAACUGACAUCUCCGUUCGUUUCUGUACCUGUGCGCUUGUGCUUACUGACUUUUUAAACAUUAAAUAAACUUCCCUUGGAUUGGUAUAAUUUUACUAGUAGCUACCAGUGGUAGCUUAGUCUCUGUUCGCUACUAGGAUUUCGUUCAAUUGAGCCUCUCUAACACCCUCAUAGUACAGGGAGUGAACAUUUGAUCGUGUAAAGGGGGUAACUUUGUAAAGAAAUUGUUGUGCUGCGUCGGUAGGGGAUACUGUGGUUUGUGUUGAUAAAUUAAAUUGGUCACAGUAAAGAUUUUCUAAAGCUGACGUUUCGAGCUUUGGCCCUUCGUUUAAGCAGAUACAGGUUGUGCGUGGUCUAUAUACGGAAAAAAUGGAGCUACACCAUUGGUUGGAACAUGACAACGUGAAAAACACAAGAACAAAUUAGCUCAAUGAAAAGGUUAACAUGUCUAGCGACUGGUUUAAGGUGCAUCUUUGUCAUUCCCUUCCAUGUCAUGAAGGUCGCCUAGUCGUCUUCCCGUUUCACCGAUGAAUGACAGUUUGCGAUUAGUUCAUGUGAUGCAACAGAUGACAUUAGCGGAAGUACAGUCGAUGCUUUGGUUUGUUAGUUGAUGAUGUUCAGCAAUGUGAUUGUUGACAUUAACAUUUCUCGUCGCUCGUUUGUGUUUAGUCAGGCUUGAG